AUGGUCGAUCAUUGUGAACUCGGUCAAUCCCGAGUGUUUGUCAAAGCGCGUUCAAAGCUGUGCGCUGCCUCCGGGUGGUCCAUCUCGGCAUAUGGGGACAAUAGCGCAGCGAGUUAAUAUUCCAAGCAAAACCUAAGCGUUCUGUUUGCAAGGGUAAUAUCAAAGCAACAGUUUUGUCACAACGUUCUAGCUGCUUUGCGCUACUAAAUGAGGGAGUUAGUCUGAGUUACUAUAAAUUCAGAUCAUCUUAUCCUCCCUCCUCAUUUCCUAUCCUCUUCAUCACUUCUAGUGUAUCUUCUCUAGAGACCCAUCCCCAUUAUAUUCUUGAGCGUUGUUUUGUCUGACGAUGCAGGCCCCGACAGGUCAAGACAUAUUUCAGUCGACGCGUCUGGACGCGUCUUAUAACCAGGUUCAACACGGUGCGACGCGUCUCGUGUGGCCACUUUAUCCACCCUCGCAGCCACUAGCCUCUGGCGUAGAUGGCUCCGCGCCGUUAUUCAUUUCCGACGCGUUCAUGGGCACCCCCCCGCUCUCCCGAUCCUCUUCGAGGACGUCCACCACCGCGUCUAGCUCAUCCCUCCCUACACCGACUCUACAGAACUUAAUAAUGUCCAACAUCUUCCACGAGAAUGUAGACCAGUACGAUGAUGCGUUGGACGCGACGGCACCCCUCGUACCGACCCUCGCGCCUCCCCUUCUCUGUGCUGCGAAUAUUGCCACAGGAACUCAGCCCUCCCUUCCACUUCCCCUUUCACAGCACCAGUCUGUGCACAUCGAUCACUCGCCUGGAUCUUCUUACCUUGUCGCUCCGGGUGGCUUUAAUAACUAUGCGGAUAAUAUGCCUGGUGGGGAACCUGAGGAUACCCCACAAGCCGCACCGUCUGGAUUACCUACCUCUUAUCCAUUUACCUUCAAAGCAUAUCCGCAGAUGGAAAACCUCUUGAAUACCCUGGCCGCAAUGGGGCAGGGGAGCCUUGACAACCAAUCAACCCUUCAGUUCUCCGAGAACUUUGGCUUGCAAGCCGGACCAGUCUAUCAGCAGCACGCUGAGGGCUGCCUUCUGAACGGAGUAAAUAUUCAGUCCCCCGAGAACCUCGCACCUGCUUAUCAAGAAGACGCAUCUGACUCCGGGAGCCACCUCAACGGAGCAAAUCUUCAAUUCCCCGCAGUGCAACCCGGUUCAGUCUAUCAGCAGCACAGGUAUAACUCUGGGAGCUACCUUGACGAGGCAAAUUUUCAGUCCCCCGACCUUGCUGAUCAAACCGCAUCUGUUUAUCAGCCACACGCGUCCAACUCUGGGAGUCGCCUCAAUGGUGCAGGUUUGCAGUCCCCCGAGAACGUAGGAGUGCAACUCGGAUCGCUCUACCAGCAGCACGGGUCUAACUCUGGGAGCCUCCUCAGUGGUGCAAAUUUACAGUCCCUCGAGAGCGUAGGAGUGCAACUCGCAUCGGUCUACCAGCAGCACGCGUCUCACUCUGAGAACCACCUUAGCGGAGCAAAUGAGAGAUUUGAGGCGCAAGACGCACACGUUUACCAGCAACAUGCGUCCGACUUUGGGAACCCCAUUCACAACCAAGGACAUCUGCAGCUCUCGCAUAACCUUCAUGUGCAACCUGGCCCUUUCUAUGAGCUCGCGUCUAGCUCUGGGAGCCACCAUCUUCAGGGAAUGAACUCUCCGCUCUCAGGGAACGUCGGGAUACAGUCCGGAUCCGUUUAUCAGCAGCAGGCGUCCAACUCCGGUAGCCACUAUAUUCAGGGAGUAAACUCCCAGUCCUCCGGGAACGUCGGCGUGCAAUCGCAAACUGUUUAUCAGCAGCACGCGUCUAACCCUGCGAUCUACCUUCACAACCAAGCAAAUUCGCAGUCCCUGCAGAACCUGAAUGUACAACCUGGCUCUGUCUAUCAGCAGCACGCGACCUACCUUCACAACCAAGCAAGCUUGCAAUUCUCGCAGAACCUUAAUGUGCAACCCGGCCGUGUUUAUCAGCAGCAUGCGUCUAACCCUGGGAACAACGUAGCGGCCGCACCUAUUCAUCAUGUCCGCAACCCAGGUCCCAGUGCCCCUGGUGUUAGCUUGGGAACCAAUCCCACCCAUCAAUCAGUGUUUGUAGUUUCUACAAGCAGGAACUCUAACGUUCCACGUGUCAACGGUGGCUCGGUUCAGACGACGGCGAACAACGCCAAUCUGGGGACUUCGCCUGCCACAAGUGCUACCUUGUAUGUUCAGCAGAUUCAACCAUCUGGUGGACUCUCGACAGUGUCGACUCGUCCCGCCGGGGCUUCUGGAAAACGUAGCAGGACAGAUUUCGAAGGGAAGACUAACGAGUCCUCCGAUCCACCCGCGAAACAAGCCAAAAAGUCGCCCGUAGCCAAGCAGAGCAAAGCUAACACCGGCUCAAUAAAACCGAAAAGAGUCGUUAAGGUGAAGGAAAUGAAGAGGGGGAUCCCAUGUGACCUUUGUAAGAGACCGGUGACUCCAGGUAGAGAAUGGCACCACGAUCAGACCCUGCACCAUCGCAAAGCUAAAAAACCCAAGAGCAAAGUUCGCGGCGAUUGGCUAUGCCAAAUUUGCGAUCAGCGUUUCGCCCGCAACGACUCUUGUUUCCGUCACCAGGAACGCCUUCAUGGCGGUCGAUUCCCGGAAAUGAUGAUCUUUGCCCCUCUACCGACUCCCAUUGAAAACAACCCCCCUCAGUCUCAGUGAAUAGAAAGCUUUAUAUUGUCCCAUUUCCAUGAUACAUCGCAAGACCCACAUCUUUUCACGUACAUAUAUUCCUUCUCUUUUUUCUCCACUCAUUUGGCAGUGCUGGAUGACUGUCUACCUAUGAUACCCGUCUCUCAUUUUACCAUGCUCUUGCAUUGUUCUCACACCUCUAUCGUGUCAUCCUUGUAUCACCUCCGUCCCACGUAAUGCUGUACUCACCCUGUCAUAUGUAGCGCGACACGCGUAUUCACCUCUCCUACUUAGCCUAUGACAUCAAUCAUGCUUUCUUUAUUCUGGACAUAUGCACAUAUCUCUACACGUCAUGCAUAAUAUACACAGCUAGG